AUUGGAGCCCUCCCCAAGCUCAGCCGUCGCUCGCCGGAUGGUGUCGCCCUUAAAGGUGCCGUGGGCGCGACGAGUGACAGGUGCUUGGCAGCAUCCUUCCGGACAGCCGCUCGCGGGACUUGGCGAAGACGCUGCACGUGUGGCUCAAAGAGGAUAUGCAGCUGGCGCUUCCGGAGUAUGACGGCAGGUCGCGGGCGGUGGCUGUGAGGACCUUCGGCGCGUGGCUGGGGCUGCUGCGCGCCAGCAACCCCCUCUUCCCGCAGAAGAGAGCCACGAGAGCUCUCAGGGUGCAGUGCCCGCUCACCCGGCGCUUCCCCACGAUCCACUGCGGGAAGCUCUCGCACUAUGAGGACGUCUACGUGUGCGUUCGCGAGAUCUUGGAUGUGGGAGACGGGCGCAUGGACGAGGACAAGAUGUGGCGCCUUAUCCUCUGGAUCUUCCUGGGGAACGGCGGGUACAAGCAUCAAGCCUGGCAUGGUCUGAAGACCACCCACUGCGGCAAAAGCUACCGCAAGAGUGUGCUCCAGCCCCUCUCGGUGCUUCGCUACGUCUCCAUGUGCGUGUGUGCCUCCGGCGGGGUGAUGCGGUGCAUCGGCAGCGACGGCCUGGAUAAGAAGUUCCGGCUGUCCUCUGCACGCUUCAUGUGGCUGGUGAGCUGGCACCGAGCGGUGCCAUCCCUGGUGGAGGCAUUCAAGCGCUCUGCGGAGGCAUUUCGAGACAGGCUCUGUACCAUCAAGGGCUUGCGGGGCGACCUCACGCAGAAGGAGAUCAUGGUGAUCCUCUCCUGUGCUCGAAACCCGGCGGUGCGGAAAGUGGGGGAGGCGAUUCUGCCCUUCGGGCAGGGCGCGAAGAACGGGGCCAAGGCCUUCCUGAAGGUGCCGAUGAAGUACGGGCGCGAGGCCGCGGAGCACUACAAGAACCACCUGGGCAAGGUCUGUGGGGAGCUGCAGGAGGUGAUCAAGGAGCUCUUCCCGCAGCUGUCGAAGCGCCUGACCUCGGUGAAGCUCGGGGACGUGGAGCCCUGCCUCUGCGGCGCGGUGAUCUACAGCCGCCAGGCGAAGCGCCUCCGAGGUGAUCGGCCGGCGGAUGGAGCGGCGGCGCGCCGCGAGGGAGGCAACCGGAAGCGGAGCUGGGAUUGGGAGGAGGUCCAGGCGUUGCAGGUGCCCGCAGGCUUCAUCCCCCACGACGCCUUCGGGCGCCCGGACACCAAGGCGGUGCCUUUGCCGAAGCUCAAGUGGGCCCAGUUUGCAGUGAGGAAGGUGCCUCCUGGGAAGCUCUCCCGGCACAAGCUCCUCAGGGAAUGGGGCCUGCUCCACCGAUGGCCAAAUGCCGGGCGCAAGUUCAAGCUGAAGAGGUCCGGCUGAAGCUAUGCCAAAGGCUGCAGUGCGCAACCGGAGUCGGGACAA